GGAAUUUUUCCUCCUGUCUCUCUCUUUCGCUAUAUGCAUUGCUCCAAUUUCAGUCUAUAAUUUCAAUUUCGAUUUUUCUCGAAGGAGUAGAGAGACUGUGAUGGGAUGAGGUAGAUGGUAGAGAGUUCCGCCCUCGUAUUUGACGACGACGACUCUUUUGCUUUUAUACUCCUUUUUCUGGAAAUUAUCUGUUAUCUUCUUGUAUUCAUUUCAGGCCUUUUAUUGGUAAAGAGGCUGAUUUUUUUGGUGUGUGAUCGGAGGAGAAUGUGGGUUUCUGUUUGAGACGGUUUUCGAGGUAAUUUACUGUGUGUGAUACGUGUGGGUUUCUGUAUUUGGAUCUAUCUGGCCUUUUUUUGCAUUAUUUGGAGGAAAUAUGAAGGAAAAGUUGAGAUGAUUUGAUCCGUCAGCGUUUUGACGAUUCCUUAGAAGAAGCUUCCAUUGUUUCAAAUUGUUUUUCUUUGAUUUCACUAAUGCUUCCAAAAUUCUCGUGACCUUCUAGAGUUUCUGGUUUUGGGUUUUGGGUUUUGGAUCUUGUGUUUUUCUUCCAUAAUCUAUGGCUAUCUUUCCGGUUUAUUGAAUUGGGAGUGUUUGUGUCCCAAUUUUGAUUCUUUCGAUUGUGAGUCUGUCUGUGUUUUCUUGAAUUAUUAUUGUUUACUGUGGUGGUGGUGAUGGGGUGUGCGAGCUCGAAGCAACCGCGGUGCCGGCAUUGCCAGAACUCGUUUGCGCCGGUGCCGCGAAGCUACUCUAUGCACGUCCACCACCCACCGCAGAGCAAAGGCGACAGCUACCAUGUGGUGGCUCUCACCUCCACCACAUUGGGCACUCUCAAGCUUGAUACUUCUCAUCAAAACCGCAACUCCCAUGUCAAUGGUACUAUCGUUGAAGAAGAAGAGGAUAAGGAGAACAAGGUGAAUGGGAAUGAGAAUGUGAAAGCUGGGGACAAGAAAAACAAGGGAUUCUCCAUGGGACUCAUUGAAGCCAAGACUUGGUCCAGUAUGAUCAAUGAGAAAAUUCCCAAAAUUGCUCCGAAAACGCCUAUCAGAACCCCUCCGGGCGAGCCCGAGACCAUCAAUGCCUGGGAGUUGAUGGAGGGGCUUGAGGACGCAAGCCCUCUCCGAUCACCCAAUCAUCUUCGGAGCUUUUCUUUUGAUAUUGAUCGGAGGUCGAUCCCAGCUCCAUUUGAGCUCCCCAAGUCGAGAUUUCAGGAAAACGGGGAGGCAUCGCCCAGGCCCAUGUGGCUGAAUUUGGUAGACAGUGAGAUGAAUCCCAAUUCGAAUUCAAAGACUGCUGUUCCUGAGUUUGAUCCUGAAGUCAUUUCCAUGUUCAGGAAAUCACUCCAGGAGCUUCCCUCUGACGACCCUUUCCAUAUAAAGGAUGAUGAGAAAGUGCAGGCAAGAGAAGUAAUGGAUGCGAAGAAGGUGAACGAUGAUGAGAAAGUGCAGGCAAGAGAAGUAAUGGAUGUGAAGAAGGUGAACGACGAUUAUGAUUUUGAUGUUCUGGAUCAUAAGAGCCAGUCAUUUGCCAAGGACACGGUGGUUGUGUACUUCACAAGCCUAAGGGGAGUGAGGAAGACAUACGAGGACUGCUGCCAUGUUAGAGUGAUUCUAAAAAGCUUGGGCAUUCGGCUGGAUGAGAGGGAUGUGUCCAUGCAUUCAGGGUUCAAGGAGGAGCUCAAGGACCUCCUGGGAGACGCCUUUAACAGCGGCAGCCUGCCAAGAGUCUUCCUGGGAAGAAGGUACAUUGGCGGGGCUGAAGACGUACGAAGAAUGCAUGAGGAAGGCCAGCUAGAAAAGACUCUGGAAGACUCUGAAAAAACAGAAGCUGGAGGCAAUAGUGGCAGCAGAACUUGUGAGGCAUGCGGGGAUAUUCGGUUUGUGCCUUGUGAGACAUGUUCAGGGAGCUGUAAAAUCUACUACGAAGGCGAUGAAGAAGAUGACGAUGAAGAGGGUGAAUUCGGGUUCCAACGCUGCCCAGACUGCAAUGAAAAUGGCCUCAUUCGCUGCCCCAUAUGUUGCUAUUAGUUUGGGUAUCAACCAAGAUUUUUCCCAAUUUUUUGUGCUUUUUCUUCUUUCUGGAUUUCUUGUGAGUUGUUUGCUGUACAGUGAGGAGUUUUUAUUAGAUGAAUGGGGGAUAUUCAUAAGAAAAACAGCUAGAGAAGACAGCAACUUAAAAUCUGUUGUGAGUAGGUUUGUUUCUCACAAUCCCCGCUCAUCUCUUUGCAAAGCCUGUAUACUUCCAUAAUGUUAUGGUUCCACAAAUACAAAAGGUUUGUAUACAUUUUUGAGAACA